UGCUUGCAUCAGGAUUAUAAGGCAGAUCUUGCAACACAAGUAAUUUUCCUUAUUGCUUUAAGAAAACAUCCUUUAAGACCAGGCAGUUAAAUUAUUUAACUCCAUUUGAUGAAUUUUCCCAGAAUUAUGCUUCCUUAAGGGAUGAUCAUCAGAUGUUAAUUUAUAACCCAAAGUUAAUAUUAAAAUUAUGUUUUGCCAGUUCCCCUUCAUGUUAGUGGGUAAUGGUGCAUAUGAUGCAGGGGUUUGAACACUGACAUCUGUGUAAUGAAUCCCAUAUGCCAUGCCAUUCUAAACAGUAGGGGUGUUACAGCAGAGGAUGAGAGCGGAAGAUGAGGAAUCCCUGAUCCUAUCUUGUCUUUUCUCCCCCUCGUAGUCGUAGUGAGCCAGGCCGGAUCAUGAAGGUUGCUCUCCGAAGGAGAGUAGGAAAUGAUGCACUGCUUGUAUUGGGCAGUCAGAGGUAGAGGGCGCUUCCAGAUCAGAUCCCCCUCCCCACGGAAAACGAUAACAGACCAGGUGUGGCAGGGGUGGAGUGUAGACCGUCACUGUCAGAACGGGGGCCUCUGGCUGAAACAGCAUAGUGUAGUGGAACUGAAAAAGAGGCUGUACUACUGUACCGACAAGUGAUGGCAGCGAUGAAACAUUGUUAGAUAAGAGAAAGUUUUAAUUCAUUAUUUUUGUUUGGUUUGGUGUGUGGUUUUCCCCCUGCACUGUUGAGAUUAGGGGAUGUGCUUGGUGUGAUAGUGUGGCUGGAAUUGGACAGGAUUUAGCGUUUAUUACAAACCAUGCACUGACUGUGUGUAGGUGAUUGUAUCAGCUGAUUCUGUAAACAGCUGACAGCCGGUUGAACACGGUAGUGUCUACAGGGGACAUGGCUUGUCUGGUGCAGAACUCAUCAUCAGUGGAACUAUCACAUGGGCCAAAGAGAAUAAAGAAGAACUGGGACACAACUAGCAGCAGUAAUAGCUGGUCUCCCCUCUAUGGGGGAGGAACAUCUUUAGACCAAGAGGCCAUCCAGUACAUUCACAAGUUUUACUGCAAAGACUGCCGGAUGGAAGCCGAAAAGGCGGAGAAGGAAAAGGCAGCAGCAGCGGUGACAGGGGGUGAGGGAAAGGGCGAGACCGAGCUCCCCACCAGCCCCCAGUCCACGCUGGAGGAAAUGUCUCUGCAACAAAGCAUGGACAAAAACAAAGAAUCACUGAAACGAAAACUAAUGAUGAGGCGAUCUGUUACUGAACUGGUAGACCAAGGAAUUUAUCCACCUUUGAGUACGCCACCAGCAUUUGCAGAACAGCGACGGCACUUGGAGAGAGCAAAGACGGGGGACCUCCUAAAGCACAAAAUACAGCAUCGUCCAGACCGGCAGGUCCUAGUACAGCAGCACAUUCUAGAAGAUACCAAGAUCGACCCAUCCCUUCAUGAGCGACAACGUAAACUGAAGCGAGCUCGUAUUGCUGACGACCUUAAUGACAAACUUUCUCAUAGGCCCGGCCCAUUGGAGCUGCUCCAGGGCAACAUUCUGCACACCGAUGAUGAAAACUUCAAAACAGCUCUCCAAGGUGAGCAAUGCAGCACAUGGGCUUCCUUUUUCAUUUCAGCUGGAUCGAUACCAUUCAACAGAACAUUUGACGAGGAUUCCGAGUCCAACUAUGGAUUUGAGGAUGAGAGCACAACGACUAGUGAUGGUGUUCCUUCACCGUGUGAUUCCAUGAUGUCGGACAUCUGUAGUCCCCCCAUUAUACCCCCAGCUCCAGAGGUACCAUCCUCCCUCAAGUUUCACCAGCUGGGAAGCCUUCCCAGUACCUUCACGUCAGGAGUUACCCUUACGAACAUGACAGGUGUCACAGGAGCUAACACUCCAACUUCAUUCUCAAAACUGUCGCCCAUCACAACUCAAUCAUUCAGUGUUACAAAUACAGGCCCUAUGAAUGCGAAUGGAUUGACCACAUUAAAUGGAGGAGGAAAGCUGGGCAGUGGGAGUAGUUCUAGUGUUAAUAAAAAUAGACCAAAGAAACCUAAACCAAAAGCUCAACCAAAAACAAAAGUGAUUAAAUUUCAUGAGUACAAAGGACCUCCAAAUGUUGUGAAAACUCAGGCAGUUCCUCCUUCUAGUGAUCCAUCCCUGGAAACACCAUACCACAUCAUGCUGCAACAGCAGCAACUGUUUCUGCAGUGGCAGUUAGAAUUUCAGUCAAAGAAUCCCUCUACAGGGCCUGGACGGACUGUGGUUGUAUCCACCCAGCAGACGGGAUUGGAUCCGCCUGCUACAAUACAGGUACAGACCUCCAGCCCUGGUGUGGUGCCAGUGCUGACUUCAUCUGCUGUAGUGUCAUCAACCAGCACAGUAAACACACAGACUAGUAUGCAGGGACAGCCACUGCUGGCCUCACCUCCAAUACAAACGGUGGUUCAGCAGGCCGUGAAGCCCUCACAAACCCCAAUUCUACACACUCAGCCACAGGUUCAGGUUCACACCCAGCCACAGGUUCAGAUUCACACUCAGCCACAGGUUCAGGUUCACACUCAGCUCCAGGGACAACCCAUGGUGCAGGCCCAAUCUCAGAUUUCUCUUCAAGCACAGCCAGGAAUUCAAGCGCAGUCUUCUGGUCCUUCAACUGUCCAGAUGAAAUCCCCAGUGGUGGCCAAGCCUUUUCCUGUAGUGUCGCAGCUACAGAGCUCCACACCUGCUCAGAGUCCACCUACUCCAAGCAAACCUCUAGUUCAGACAAAGACAAUUAUACAAGGCCAGCCAUCAGUUCAGUUGCAGUCCAUUAUUCCAGGCAAACAACAACAGCAGAAGACGACUCCACAGCGAGUGAGGCCUGUGUUACAAAACACUAAAAACUCCCUAAGUAACAUAACUAAACCUCUUAUGAAUCUGGAGGAUAUGAAAGUGGCUGACUUGAAAGCUGAGUUAAAAAAGCGAAAUUUGACUGUGUCUGGUGCAAAACCUCAGUUGAUUGAGAGGUUGAAGCCGUACCUCGAUGUGUCAGUAUCGCAUGCUUCCACCAUGAACAAUGUCAGAGAUAUGAAAAAGCUACCAGUUCAUGCUGUUGUGAAUGUUCAUUCUAUGCCCACGUCAUCUUCAUCACCCGCAAUUCUUUCACCCUCAAAUGAGGUAUCUAUGUCAUCCUCAUCACCCCCUAUAUCGCCAACGAUCAAAGACAAGAUUUUUAAUCCCCUGUCACCUGAGGUGAUGGACAUUGCUCCCCCCACCAGUGUCCUAACAGCUCAGAUGAAGAACAGUUUGCAUUCUGCCAGCACUGGGUCUAUACCUAUGGCAGAUGACAGCUCCCGACCGUCGUCUGUAAAUCCAGACAUCGCCAUGGAUGUGGACAGUUCUCUAGAUUUUUCAAAUUUUAUCAAAUUUAGUCCAGCUAGUUCAUCAGCCACAUCAGUCCCCCCAACAAUUACACAGACAACAGCCACCUCAAUUCAUUCAUCCCAACCCGCCAUAGUGACCAGUCCACCGGUCAUUUUGGACCACACAGCCCAAACAUCACCACAUCCAUCAAUGCAGGAGGAAAUCCUACAGCAACAGAGGCUAAAAAUUGCUCAACUUCAAAAGCAGCUGGAGGAAUCACAGAAGAUCUUACAACAGCAGAUGCAGCAGCAACACCUGCAACAUCACCUGCAGCAUAAUAACCCACAACAGACUGCCAGUCCUCCUCAGGCAACACAGCAGCAACCUGCUUCCCCACAACAGAUACACCAGGUUGUGCAGCAACCCACAUCCCAAGCUCACAGCUUACAACUAAUUCAGAAGCCCACAUCCCCGCAGAUACAAUUGAUCAAACAGCCAACUUCUCCUCCACAGUUACAACAACUCUCCCCCAUACAGCACCAACCGCUGUCACCUCCCCAGCUCCCACAACAAGUGCAGAUAAUUCAUGCACCAACAGGACAACAACACACGCUAAACGCCAUCAAGGUGGACGCGGACGGCAAAGCAGCGCAGCAACCUAACACAAAAAUGGUGCAGAUCACAGCUCCACAGACCAUAUCUCUAGUGGACGGCUCAGGACUGCCUUUAACAAUACCUGUUGUGUCUCAGGGGAUGCAGUCGAUCCUAGUGCCGAACCUGAUGGACAAAACAACCAAGCAGAACCUGGAGAAUUUUGUGGUCAGUCAUGGGCUGAACAGGAGUUUGAACAUUGCAACAAAGCCCAGUACCAUCACCAGCAGUCCAUCCGUACAGCAACCGUACAGUGGACGAACGAUCACUCUGUCUCCCAUCAACGGCAUCAGCUCAAGUAAACCAACUUCGCUGCCAUCUUCACCUGUGGAAGGAAAAAAUCAAAUAAUGCGGACAACCUCUAACCCCAUCUUUGUCCCAAUGAGGAAAGAGCCGCCUAAUUAUGACGAUGCUGUAAAAAAUCUGGCUAACAAGGGUCAGAAUUUAUCUCUAGUGGACAAUAAAUGUGCCUCCAAGACUUCUAUCAAAAGUCAGGCUAUGGACGAUGUUUUGGAGAUUCUUAUUCGGAAUGGAGAACUGCCCCCUAGUGCAGCACAGGAACCACCUCCCACCCCAAAGACACAGACCUCCACCAUCACCACAGUGACUUCAGACUCGGUGGUGUCCUCCUCACAAUUCCAGUUUUCCAUUUUUGGUGGUUCCACUUCCACCACAACCACCAUUAAUACCACAUCCACGUCUGGCACCACGGAUGUGUAUUCACUGCUGAAUGGACCAAUCACUGCCACCCCAUCUGUGGCCAUCAAAAAAGAGUGUCAUACUCCUCCACCGUUUGUUUUGAAUGAACCAACUGACAGCAAAGACCUGGGACUGGACAUCAAUGAAAUGCUUAACCAGGACUUGACCUCAAUGGACUGGGCAGACGAUGCCCAAUUUUCACUGGACCUCACAGAUACCUCCACCAUGCAAAUAGACCAAGACAAAAUGGGCACCUCAAAUAACAUCUUGAGCGUGCCAACUGAUGAAAACUAUAAAAAUAACUUGCAUGGUUCAGAGCCAGAUCUGGCAGCCUUAGGAAUAAAUGACACGGAGAAUGUGAAUAUGGACGUGUCAGACUGGCUGGACGUGAUCAUGCCUUCUACGGGUUUGACCCCACUUAGUGCUAAUGCCCCUGUACAGUUCCCUUCCGAUCCGAUACUCACUCCCAAGACACAACAAGAAGUGCUGGACCUGUUCAGUUUUGAGGAUGGUGAGUUUGGAACGCCCACGGACAUUCACACAGGGAUCAACUGGGAAAAGUUAACCAGCUAGAUUAGAAACGAAAAAUGAUUAACAAAUGAAAAAUUGUAUAAUGAAGAAAAAUUUUGUUUGUUUGAAAGAAUGGGGUUCUAACUUGGUGAUAGAUUUCUCUGUUAAGAAUUCUGCAUGUUGUUUGACAUGUAAAUUGUUAUUUAUUUGACGGAACAGUUAUAUACAGUGUGAUUAUUUAAAAUGCUCUUUCAAGCUUGGACCAAUUUUAAGGGAGACACACACAUCAGACUCUUACUUUCUGGAAUCAGUAGAGUAGUUUUAAGAAACACAAGAUAUGGCAAGACCAACACAGUCGGUAGACAAGGUGUGCAUGUAUUUGAAUUUUUGAGCUUAUUUUCUAUGGGCAGUUUUGCCGUAUCUAGCUUUUUGCAGUGCUCUUUUUGAGAUUAAAGCCAUAUAUUUAUGUUUUCUGGAUUUUUGAACUCGGUCACAUAUUGAUAUGUUGACUGCUAUAUAAAUUGAUAUUGACUUCUGUAUAACAUUAGUUGAGUGUGUCCCCUUUCCUUUCAUUCAGUGAUUCAGCAGCUGUACAUCUUCUGCUAUGUGUUUUGGGUCCACAUAUUCUCGGAUUGUUUACAUAUUGCAUUGAAUCUUUUUGUAUAGCAGAGGAUGUGCAGUUGAUGUGUUACGAAGCUAUAUUUAUCAUAAAAAUCAUUUUACAUAGCUGUGUUCAAAUGCAUUCCAUCCAGCAAUCCUAACAUUGAAGUUCUACAUGCCCACCCAGCAGUUUGGGUUUACCAGUUCUGUUCACUUUUCUGGGGACCAUGCUAAGAACCAAAAUCUUCUUCCUCAAGUCUGCAUAUUGACCAGGCCAGAAGGUUAAUACAAAGCUUUAUGAAUACAUACUCCAUACUCAAACUCCUAUCAAGUACUCAUAACCAUACUCAGACUCAUUAUUCCAAUCAAAUUUAUGUAUAGCUUUUGAGUAUGAGUAUAGCUUUGAAGCACGGAUUAUGAGUUUGAGUACGAAGUACGAACUCAAAACAUUUGAUAACCUCCAGGCUCAGAUCUUUGAGUAAUUUUUGGAGAUUAUAGAGUAAUUUUUGGAGAUCAUCUUUGAGUAACUUUUGGAGAUCAUCUUUGAGUAAUUUUUGGAGAUCUUUGAGUAAUAUUUGUAUUCAUUCACAAUAAAGAUCACUUGCCUGAAGUUUAAAGAACACUACAUAAUCUUAGCAAAUCAGUUUCAUAUCUCAUUAGACGUAUUUUACUGUUGGAUAAAAAAAAUUCCCACAAAAAUGUCAAUGGGAGAUCUUUGUUUUAUUUGGAAAGAUUAAAUGAAGUCAAUCUGUAAUAUUGGAGAAGAGAAAUAUUGUGGUGUAACGACAGGUGUCAGAUUAAUCCUUUGAUACAUUCCCCUUUCUGGUAACCCCGCCUCCAUCAACACACCUCCCUGUGCUACAUUCUAUUAACAUUUUCAUUACUCGAUAUAAAAAGAUGGUUACUACAUUUGAUUAUAUUUUACAACACAUGAUAAUAGAAUGUAAAACGGGGUGGAGCUUGUCUCCAAUUUACUAAAGGGCAAUUUUUUUGUAUGUUCAGUUUUGAGAAUUUAAUGGGCACAUAUUCCUAACAAAUUGUAAGUGCUGAUUAUUUACUUGGUAUCAUAUUGUGCUAGUUUCAUUUUACCUAGGUCUUACAAUAUCAUUUCAAAGUCAUCCCAAUGCUUACUAGUAAUGGUGAACUCUUGCGAUUUCCUAUUUUGGAAUACUUUGUAAUUAGAGUACUAGGGUUGAAGCCAACGAAGGUGUGCAAUAGAGAAAAUUAUGUUCUGUUUAUGACUGUUUUUGUUGUGCUACUGGAAAUAAGCACUACCGAUAACUUGAUUUCAAUUGUUCAAUUCAUGACAACUAUUGCUGAACAUUGUAACAAAUUAAAUAUAUGUGUACAUUGUAGUAGUUAGGGAGAAAUUUUAGAUUUGAUGCUGUAGGAAAUAAUAGCACAUGAAAUAGUGGUCACGAGGUUUAGAGUUGAUAAUGUUGAAAGUUUGAUCAAGGGGACAUGUAGGAGGUCUUCCAACACUGUCCCUAAGUUUGUUGUUGGCCGGUUAAACUCCCAACCAUUGUUUGUUAAAACUAUGAAGUGCCUUUUGUCCGUAAUUGGCAAUAAUCAUGUAAACAGGCUGUGUUCUGUGCCCUUGAUUUAAGAAAAAAAAUUCUUGAUAUAUAUAUUGUGAACUAUUUUUCUGACAAGUAAAAUGAUAGGUGUUAAAUUACUUGUAAAAACAGAAUGGCAUUGUUAUGUUGGUUGGAGCCGAGAAGUAUUAUACACAGUAGGAAAUCUGCGUAGUACCUGUAUCAACAUAUCUCUGUUCCUGGGUUAAGUGUGUGUACAUUUUAUAAAACUGAAAAGUUUAAAUAAUGCAUAUACUUAAAGCAUUGUUUUUUGGUUUUUUUUGGAUGUUCGGUCAAUUCUGUGAUUAGUAUUGUGGUACUUGUUUAAUCCAUAGCUAUGACAUAAUGAAGUUAUGUUAAAAGUUGGUACUAAUUUAUAUAGAGCAGAUUAUAGCAGGCGUGGUAAAACAUGUAAAUAUUCCUUUUUAUUUAGUGUGCGUGUCUAUUGCUGUUUGUAUGAGUACUUGCACAUAGAGUAAUAUAUUUGCAUUGUUAGAUCACACAUUUGUUUCUCGUUCUUUUGAUGAUUGUUGUUAUUUAUUUUGUAUCUGUAAUUUUCAUUUGACUGUAAAAGCAUACAAGCACCAACUAUUUACCUGUUAUGUUUGGGUCUCUUUGGACAAAUGCAGAGAAAUACGACAGUGGAUAGAUUUCAGUAAUCAGCCAAUCAUGUACCUUUACUGAGCCAAUUUAAUUCGCAGGUCUGAUCAAAGUUCAGAAGCUUCCUUUACGAAUUCUUAAAGAUUGCACCACAUUAUGCAUCUGUCAAAAAUUAUCAUAUUUCAUUCUCUAGCACGUUAAUAUUCAAGUGAAAUUUCCAUCACUUCCUUAGAAUAAAAAUUGAGUGUUUUUAUUGGUGACUUUUGUUCUUCAUAGUAGAUGAACUAGGAUAUAUUUUAAUUUUUUUCUCCUUCAGAAUAGUGCUUAAUUGUAUGUUAACUUAAAGCUUUGUUCUAUCUUUGUGUAGUGUUAUUGACAUUCCUACUCAAUUUAAUUUCUUUUUCUCUGGAAACGGUUUGGUUGACUAUUCUAGGUAUGCUUCUUAGUCUGAGUGAUUAGUGAGAGGACUUGUCCCCUAGGUUGUUGUAUAGAACAUAUCAUUAACAUGUGCUACAGUAGCUCUCUGUAUUCUGCAUGGUUAGUAGGAUGCCUUAAAUGUACAUAAAGCUAGUCCUGCUGGAACUAUUUCCGUUACAGUCAAACCUGGUUAUAUUGCACCCAGCUAUGGUUAACAGUUGAUAAUUUUGGAAGUAAUAUUCAUUUCAAGAGAAAAACAAACGUUAAAUGGAAAUGAAAUUGGAUGCUGCCAAUUCCUUUUUAUUUAUAGGUCGGACAUUUACGUAGAAAGUCCAUCAUCAGAUACAUACAGUUCAUUGAUUUUUACUUGUUGCAGGUGAAAUCAACCGUGGUUUUCUGAUGAUGUGAAAAUGUUGUUUUUUUUUAUAAAUGUAUUUUUAACUUUAGUAUUGAUUAUUUUGAUUAAACAUGUCAAGUCACAAAUUCAUUGUUAUUCGGACGAUACAGACGGUCGUGCAAACAUAAGAACUUACUCAGUAAUAGUUAUUUAUUGUACGUACAAAAUAUUACAUGGAAUAACAAAAUUACAUAGAAAACAAAUAAAAUUAUAUACAAGUCGCAUAAUAUAACAAAUUACAUUGCUUAAAAGUCCAUGAAGGUGCACUAUAUCUAUGUGAUACUGUAGAACAAAGUCUUUUUAACUACAUUAAUAUUGAAGUAGAUCUUAUAGAAAGUUUUUGUUUUUUUAAUAUUUUUUUUUUUAGACUUAAUAGAUAUGCCCCACAUUGUUAACGACCUUUGGCUGAUAACGGUCAAAGUUACAAUUAUUUCCGUAUUGUCAAUCAGGAUAACAAAUUAAUGGUCUGACCAUGUUUUGAUUAUUGUCAUGUGAUGAAAUAACUGUACAAUUUUGGCCAAAAAGCAAUGUUUGCAAUCAAAUUGAUAGUUAAUAAAAGUAUUUUGGUUAAAUUUGAACAUAUUUGUUACCUAGCUUGUUGAGCAGUGUCCAUUAUUGUUAAUCACACUGUGAUGUUGUGAAGAAGAAAAAACUUGUGGUAUUUGGUUAAAAGUCAUAUGUUUGUGCCAAAUAUGUUGUAGAUAUAAGUAGAUCUCGCAUUCAUGUCUCCAUGAAUGCCGCGGAUUUUUAAUCUGUUUGUUAUGUACAUAGUGACUGCAGCAUGCACAUGACAGCACUUUCUGCUUGGUCCCCUUUUUGAGUUUGUGUGGUGGCUAGUGUAACCUGUUUUUUGUACAUACAUUUGACUUUGAUAUCAUACACUGUACAUGCUGUCUUUGAGACCCAAAUAAACUUUGCUUGAUGUUA